GGAGGAGAAGUUGGGAGCAGGACAGCCUCUGGUCCUCAGUGUGCUCUUCCUCCCCGCUGCAGACAUGUUGGACACCCUCACCUUCCUCCUGCAGAGACUCUUCCUCCUGGCUCCCAUCGGGCUCUCCUCCCGGCUGCCUCCCCCCCCGCUCCCCGGCCGCUGUGACCGGGACGAGGCUCCUCCGCAGCCCGCUCCUCCGCACCGGUUCCAGCGGGGAGACCUGCUGGAGGUGCCCCGGACCCUCUUCACCCACUUCGGCAUCUACCUGGGCGAGGACCGGGUGGCCCACAUGAUCCCGGACAUCCUCCCGGUGCUGACGGCCGAGCGGCGGCAGGUCCAGGAGAUGGUGACGAACACGCGCCUGCUGCUCGGCGUGCUCGCCAAGCGCGCGUCCGUGCGCGUGGACGCGGUGGAGGACUUCGCGUACGGGGCCGUGAUCCGGCUGAACGCCAUGGACCGGGCGGUGCUCCGGGGCCCGCUGCCCCGGGGCCCGCUGCCCGGGGAGGAGGUGGCCCGCCGGGCGGAGCUGAUGCUCGGCUCCGUGUCCUACAGCCUCCUGUGGAACAACUGCGAGCACUUCGUGACGCACUGCCGCUACGGGAGCGCGCAGAGCCUGCAGACUGACCAGUUCUGUGAGUGGCUGAAGCUGCGGAUCCUGGCCCAGCGUAACGUGCUCCUGACGGCUCUGCUCGGCCUCCUGUCCAUGGUGUGUUUGGGAAUAUCCCUCAGCACGGCCCUGCCCACCCUCGUCAUCCCCUUCACCCUGUGGAUGGCCAGUUAGAAACUUCAGGUCGCCAAGGAAACAGGCCCAUCCUCCGACAGAGAGGACGGAGUCGUCUGCGAACGAUCUCCUCCACGUGAAUAACUCGAUAGUGACAGAAGCUAAAUCCACUCGUAGCUCUUUGCUUCUGCUGCACAUGAACUUUUUUUAAAUCUCUAUUUGCUAAGAAUUAACAGCAGAGGAAGAAACUAGAAAUUCACAUUAGCAGCAUUAGCCACCAGGACUGGACUGAUAGAUAAAAGAAGACAAAAUAGAAAAACAUUGAUAGUUUGAAGUGUUUUAAUGAAGUUUUUAAGUUUUGUGGAUAUCCCAAAUUGAAACUGUGACGUUAAACGGACCAAAGAUCAACUUUAAGACAAUUUAAGUUUCCUUUUUUUCCCUUUUUUUUUUUAUGAAAAUGUUUAAUAUUUUUCAUAUUUGGUCUUGAUUGGCCGUCAGAUUAGUCAAGUCCGGUUUGUUUGUUUUGUCAAAAGCUGAAACAAGUCAAGGUCGUUUGACUGAUGCUGCCAUCCAAUCAGACACCAGUGUUUAUUAUGGGACCUGUUCGUUUCAGCUCCUAAAGGACCAGUCUGGUGUUUUUCUGUAUUGUUGAUAUUGUAAAAAAUAACAACGUGUUUGUCCACCUCAGUGAAGUGGGAGAUGUCGAGGACUAGUUGAAGCGGUGGAUUAAUCUACACGUGAGGUUUUGAUUCUUAUUCGUUGGAAACCUUGAUGUUGGUUUGUGUUUUAGCAUGAGAUUUAUUGACAAGAACAAAAAUUAUAAUAAUCAGCGGUUCAGUUCAUUAAUUCCACCUUAAAUUUUCAUGUUUUAAAUGAAAUAUUGGACAUUCUCAGUUUUGUACACAUGAAAUAACAAACAUUUGUUGACCCUGGAAAGACUGAAAAAGUUAUCUUGAAAGAAAAUCAUGAAUUUUCUGUUUGGGGAGCUUUAACUCCGUCUUGCUCUUGACAAAUUCGAGAUCUUUAUUCAGCGUUUGUGGCUCAUUAGUGUUUCCACAUUAAAAACUUGAAAUCAAGUUAGAAAAACACAAAAUCUUGACUGUACACAACAGUACAACAGUAAUAAUAAUACGUUUCUCUACACUGUUGCCUUCCGUCCCUGAAGCUCUUCUGUAAAUAUCUGUAAAUAUCUUUGUCGACAGGAUUGUUUUUAACAGUCACAAUCUUCUGUACAAAAUGUAUUUUUUUUACAAUGCUGUAACCCUUUAUACCGUGUUUAUGUAAAUAAAAGAAACGGAGACAACUUAAA